AUGGAUCCACCUGCACCGCCCCCUGAUGGGCAGUUGCUUAGAGAUGAUGACCUCCCUGGAGAAGAACGUGCACGGUUGGAAAAGCGAGCACGGCUGCAUGAACCAACGGAGGCAUAUCAUCGACAGGCGUUCGGCCUACAGCUGACGCAGCAUAUCACCAAUGAUGUCUUCACGGAAAGGCAGCGUUAUACCACAGGACGAAACGCUGCGGAGAAGAAGAUCUACCGAGAUCCUCCUGGCUUUGGAAGUAAAGAGGAGCUUGCCCAAAAGAUUGGCAAGACCUUCAAGGCUGCCAAGGAGGUGCCGGUGCAUCCAACGAAGCCCCACCUGAGACCGAAGCGAGUCAUGCAAGUAGUUCCAGACCAAACCCUUUGGGGCAAUUCGUACGUCCAAGUGGCUUUCGAUGAAAUUCCCAGGGGACAUACCAUGAGCAGAGACGACAUCCUGUUGAGGACGUCUCCCGAUCCCCGCACCACGUGCUUCAGCUUUUUUGCAAAGCGUCAAGAAGACGCGGAUGUGUAUACUGUCAGGCAACAGUACUACUGGAGCAACCGUGGUGGCUUUCAGCAAGCAAGUGAAACUGGAGAGGGCAAGCACGUACUUCUGAGCAUCCCCUUGGCUUCGCCCGAAGCCACAGGUCGCAAACAGGUGAAGUUCGUCAUGGCACCAACGAAGAUGAAACUGCAGAAGUUGAAGACGUACCGUUUGGAUGUCCAGGAGGACACCAAGGCGCUACGAGUUAAUGUCAAGUGA